GAUGCAUUAUCCAAUGGAAUGGAGUACAACAAUGUAAACCAUCUCUUUGAAGAGCUUGACAUUACACAAAAUCAAUUUGAAAAUGCACAUAAUGAAUUAGCAUCACAACAAAGUAUAAUCAUCAAGAGACAGAUACAAGAUGUAUGGGUAAAUCAGUUUAAUCCAAGUCUCCUUAGAAGCUGGAACGCCAACAUGGAUUUGCAGUAUGUAACAAAUGUAUUUGCAUGUGUAGCUUAUAUUGUAUCCUACAUGUCAAAAGCUGAACGAGAAAUCGGAAUGCUAUUGAGUCAUACACUAUCUGAAAUGAAGGAUGGAAAUGAAAACGCAAAGGAAAGCAUGAAAAAACUUGGCCAGGUGUACAUGCAAAAUCGUGAAGUAUCUGCUCAAGAAAGCGUCUAUCGUGUUUGCAGUCUCAGAUUGAAAGAAUGUUCUAGGAAAGUGGAAUUCAUUCCUGUUGGACCCAACCCUGUCAGAAUGAGUUUACCAUUAAGCGUUAUAAAAAGCAGACCAGAUAACGAUAAUGAUGAUGAUGAGAAUGUUUGGAUGACUAGCAAGCUCGACAGAUACAAAGCUCGACCUAGAAAUGCAGAAUUCAGUAAUAUGUGUCUUGCAACGUUUUUUUCUCAGUUUAGAAUCUUAACUGCAUCCCAAAAGCCAAGUGCAAGAAGUAAAAAUGUCUUUAAAUUAGAUAAUGAUCUGGGAUAUAUUCAGAAGCGCACACGUACAGCAGAUGCAGUUGUAAGAUAUCCCCGAUUUUCACCCAUCAUCUGUCCUGAAAAAUAUUAUUUGAGCAUUUUGCAACUCUUUCUGCCAUAUUUUGAAGAUGAACAAUUAAAGCCGCCAACCUUUGAAACACAUCAAGAGUUCUAUGAGACAGGUUCUGUGAAAAUACGUGGAUGUGAAUUAGAGGAAGUCUGGUCAAUUGUGUGUACUAACCGAAACAAGUUUGAAAUGAAUGCUGAUGCAAUUGAUCAUGCACAGGAGCAUCUUAACAAAUUUGGUCCACACGAAGAUGCAUGGGGUCUUUUAUGUCCGGAAAAGGAAGUAGAACGACUUGAACAUCCCAAAGAAAAUGUAGAUGUCGAAGAUUGUGAUGGAGAUCUUGAUAUCCCGGAUUUAAAGCAUGAAAAGAAAAAAGAUGACUAUAGCAUCGAAUUUCGAUCUGUAAAGAUUUCCAAACAGGAUGGACAUUCUUUGAUGAGGUCUUUGAAUGAGAAGCAACAGACUGUUUUUUACAAAAUACGACAGUGGUGUUUAGAUAGAGUAAAUGGAAAAUCGGUCGAACCGUUUCAUAUUUUUCUAACUGGUGGUGCUGGCACUGGAAAGAGUCAUUUGAUUAAAUGUCUCAACUAUGAAGCAACACGUAUACUAGCCCGAAUGUUGCCACAUCCCGAUGAUGUCUCAGUAUUGAAAAUGGCUCCAACUGGAGUAGCUGCAUACAAUAUCAAUGGCCAUACUAUACAUAGUAUUCUUUCUAUUCCAAUCAAUGCACAAAAACUGUAUCAACCGCUGAGUGAUGAGAAAAUAAAUGUCCUUCGAAAUAAGCUGGCUCAAGUACAAAUUUUGAUCAUAGAUGAAGUAUCAAUGGUAGAUCAAAAGUUGAUGUCUUACAUUCACGGUCGCCUACGACAAAUAAAACAAUCACGCGAUCAAACAGCUUUUGCUGGUGUUUCAGUUAUUGCUGUGGGAGACAUGUAUCAGUUACCUCCAGUCUUUGGAAUUCCUUUAUAUAAAGACACACUCAAUGGUGUAUUAUGGAAUGAUAAUUUCAAGAAAGUAGAACUUGAAGACAUUAUGAGACAAAAAGACGAUACCCAAUUCGCUUUUCUCUUAAAUAGAUUACGUGUAAAAGAAGGGGAUGAGAUUCUCUGUGAUGAAGACCUAGCAAUGCUCAAGUCUUGUGAAACUGGUGAAGAAUGUGAAAAUGCUCUGCAUAUCUAUUCAUGUAACAAUCAAGUAGAUGCUUGGAACAAGAAAUUAUUGCAUAAAAGAUGUGCCGAUGUGAUAUGCGUAAAAGCACAAGACAUGGAUAAAGAUGGUAAAAAAGGAAACAAAAUACGAGAAAAACCUUAUACAGGUAUGCAAACCCAGCUGCCUCCUUAUCUGUGGAUUGCAGUUAAUGCUAGAGUGAUGUUGCUCAAGAACAUUGAUGUUAGUAAAGGCCUGACAAAUGGAUGUUUUGGAAAUGUAACAGAAAUAUUAACGGAUCAUACAAAUUUAAAUCCAGUAUGCAUCAAAGUUAAUUUUGAGAUGGCCGAUGUUGGUAUUCAUUCAAUCGAAAUGUCCCAAGAAUCCAUUGGUAAGAAAUAUGUGAGAAAACAAUUUCCACUUAAGCUUGCUUAUGCUUGCACAAUACAUAAAGUACAAGGUUCGACAUUAGAAAAAGCUGUUGUAUCAUUAAAAAAUGUGUUUGAAUCUGGACAGGCAUAUGUUGGGCUCAGUCGUGUUACUUCGUUAUCUGGACUUGUGAUAGAACAUUUCGAUCCUAAACGUAUAUAUUGUAAUCCAGAAAUUAAAGAACGCAUUGAGAUUAUGAAGCCGUUUAUCGAGAAAAGCACUUCUGAGGAUAUUCAUGAUUAUAACUUUUCUUUGAUAAUGCAAAAUGUACAAGGAUUAAAACAGCAUUUUAUCGAUUUCAAAUCCCAGUGCCAAUUUGUGAAUGUAGAUUGUAUUUGCUUGACCGAAACAUGGAUUAAUGAUGAUGAUCUCUGUGACGUUGUUUUAGAUAACUUUCGAUUUUAUCAUCAGCCACGACAUCUUUCAUACUGUAAUUCUGGAGUUGGAAAUGUACUCAAAGAACAAUCGCAUGGAGGUGUUGCAAUGUAUAUCAAGAAUACAUAUUCAAGUAGAUUAGACAUAUCUGUCGACAACUUAGAGUUUAUUGCAAUUCUUGUCACCAAACCAGUUUCUGUUGUGAUUUCAGUUGUUUAUCGACCUCCAUCAUAUAGUAUCAAAUCAUUCUGUGAAUCAUUAGACAAUUUGCUAGAUGCAUUACACAAAAUAAGCAUUAGAUGUAUUGUGAUGGGAGAUUUUAACGAGGAUUUGCUUAAAGGUUCUUCACAGGUAAGCAAGCUAAUGUGUAAUAAAGGUUACAAACAGCAUGUUCUUAAUGCUACUACUGAGAAGGGAACAUUGAUAGAUCAUGUGUACAGCAAGGGACUAGAUUUAUUGGAAACAGAGGUCAUCCCUACAUAUUAUAGUUACCAUGAAGCUGUUAAGAUUGCAUUUUAAUAUUUGUAGUAAAACGAGAGGAAUAAAAGAGUAAUUCAUAAUAUUUUUGUUGAUAAAUAACAUUUUCAUUUACCAUGUCUUCAUUCUUGCAAAAAUGAAAAUGAAUAUUACCUCUUCUUAAAAUUCAUGAGAGUUGUGCAUAUUUUUUUAGGCUUACCUUACACUAAUAUCAAUGAUACCAUCUGCCAUGGACAUCACCUUGAAAGCAUGUUGUAAACUUGGUAAAAUCUGUUUUAAGGUGGUGUGUGUUGAAAGAUUUAUGUGUUGUCACUCCUUGCCUUUCAAACCUUAGUGUUUUUAAACAUCACUCACAUCAUGAAAUGUAUAUGUAUUUUUAACUUUUAGAUGCAAUUUUACAAAUCUAAAACAAUGGUACACAUUUAUAAUAGAUGGAUAACAAGAUCAUACA